CCAGUGGCGGCAAGUGAUGGACCGCAACCCGUCGCCGCCGCCUCCGAGUCGGGAGGAGGACGUGGCCACGGGAGACUGCAUAGGGAGCACGGUCUACAGCAAGCACUGGCUCUUUGGCGUCCUCAACGGACUCAUCCAGCUUGUUACCCCAGAAGACACUAAAGGCAGCUCAGAUGAUGAGGAGCAGCAGACAGAGCUGGAUGAAGAAUUGGAGAAUGAAAUCUGCCGAGUAUGGGAUAUGUCAAUGGAUGAGGAUGUUGCUCUAUUUCUCCAAGAAUUUAAUACUCCUGACAUAUUUAUGGGAGUAUUGGCCAAAUCCAGGUGUCCUCGAUUAAGGGAAAUCUGUGUGGGAAUAUUAGGUAAUAUGGCCUGUUUCCAGGAGAUAUGUGUGUCUAUCAGCAAUAAUAAAAAUCUUGGCCAGGUGUUACUGCACUGUUUUUAUGAUUCAGACCCUCCAACCCUGCUGGAAAUAAGUAGGUUGUUGCUUACUUGCCUUUCCCAGAUGGAAGUGGCUAGUAUCUGGGUUGAAAGAAUUCGGGAAUAUCCAUCUAUUUAUGAUAGUAUUUGCUUCAUCUUGUCAAGUUCAACAAAUGUUGACUUGCUAGGGAAGGUGGGGGAAGUUGUGGACAAACUCUUUGAUUUGGAUGAGAAGCUAAUGUUGGAAUGGAUUAGAAAGGGGACUGUUCCACCUCUGGACCCACCCCAGGAAGAAUCUGAAGAACAGCCAGUGUUUAAAAUUGUGCCCUGUGUGCUUGAAGCUGCCAAACAAGUACGCUCGGAACAUCCAGAAGGACUUGAUGUUUACAUGCGUAUCUUACAGCUGCUUACCACCGUGGACGAUGGAAUUCAAGCAGUUGUACAGUGCCCUGAUACUGGGAAAGACACAUGGAGCUUACUUUUUGACCUGGUCUGCCAUGAAUUCUGCCAGGCUGAUGAUCCACCCAUUAUUCUUCAGGAACAAAAAACCGUGCUAGCCUCUGUUUUUUCAGUGAUGUCUGCCAUCUAUGCCUCGCAGGCAGAGCAGGAGUAUCUAAAAAGAGAAGAAGCAAAUCUUCCCCUAAUUGACAGCUUGAUUCGUGUUUUACGAAAUAUGGAACAUUGUCAGAAGAAACUAGAGAACUCAGCAGAGUCUAGUACAGAAGAAACCAAAAAGUCUGAUUUUAUCCAAGAUGAUUUCCACCUAAAAAUCUUAAAGGAUAUCUCAUGUGAAUUUCUUUCUAAUAUCUUUCAAACAUUAACAAAGGAGACAAUUGCUCUGGGAUUGAAAGAAGGCCAGUUAAGCAAACAAAAAUGUUCCUGUGCAUUUCAACACCUUCUUCCCUUUUAUAGCCCAGUGGUGGAAGAGUUUCUGAAAACCCUAAAUGAAGUGGAUAAGGCUUUGGCUGCUGACCUGGAGGAAAGGUUUCCAAGUUUGAAGGUUCAAACUUGAAGGUUAAAAACUGAAUCAGAGUUUCUGCUUCCCAAGAAAUAUUUCCUUACUGACAAUAGAGGAAAUACUGGAAAAGGACUUAUAUUAGACCUUGAGUAUCAUGCAUUUCUUCCAGUCUUACUUUUGUUUAGCAUUAUAUUUUAAACUUUAUUAUAUAUUACACUCAAACACAUCCUCCAAUUGUAUUGUUAUGUGAUUUUUGACAUUUUCAGGUUAAAAAAAAUAAAGUUUUGAAGUUCUUUUUUUAAAAAAA